CAAAGAAUUAUGCCAGAUAACAAAAAUGGAAAAAUCAAGAACAACACCAUACCAUCCGAUGUGUAAUGGCAUGACAGAAAGAUUUAAUAGGACUCAUCAAUAUGCUAGGAACUUUAGAGAAUAAGGAAAAGCAAGACUGGAAAAAAUAUAUCUCUUCAUUGGUUCAUGCUUACAAUUGUACAAAACAUGAAAGUACUGGUUAUUCUCCAUUUGAACUAAUGUUUGGCAGAAAACCUAGAUUACCGAUAGAUUUAACAUUUGGAUUACCUGAGGAGCACAACACAAAGGAAUCGUACAGCGAAUUUAUUACGGAAUUAAGGGACAGAAUAAAAGAAACCUUUGAAUUAGUAAAGAAUACAGCAGAAUCUUCCAGGCAUAAACAGAAAAUGAAUUUUGACAAGAAAGCUAAAGCAAAGAAAUUGAAUAUAGGGGAUCAAGUCUUAUUGAAAAUAUUGGCAUAUGAUGGAAAACACAAAAUUGCAGACAAAUUUGAAGAAACAAUUUACACUAUCAAAUCUCAACCGAAUACAGAUAUUCCUGUGUAUGUAAUUACAGCUGAGGAUGGGCAUGAGAAAACUAUUCAUAGGAAUCUUAUUAUUCCUAUUGGGACGACAUUUAGGCCUAAACCAGCAGAGAGAAAAGGCCUUGGAGAAAGAAAUCCGCGGAUAGAGGAGAAACAGGACGAACAGAGAAAGGAAUCAGAUAGUGAAGAUGAAGAACAAUUUGUCACCAUACAAAUUGAAAGAGGACACACUGAUAAACAGAAGGAUACGACUAUGGCACCACAGCCAUUGGAAAUCCAUGAAGCGCAUGAUCAUGCAGAAGUACAAGCUGAGGAGGAGCUAGUAGAAGAUGACUCAGUAGAGGAGGUUAGACGUUCGUCAAGAACAAGGAAGAAACCAAAGUGGCAUGACGCUUAUGUUAUGUCUCAAACACAGGAGGUUGAGAACAGACAAGAGAGAGCACAGUUGUUAGCAAAUUUGUUUUGCUCCAAUAUUUUAAAAUCUACAUCUCCUUCAUUGAUUGAAAACAUUGUACAUAGUAUCAUUAAAUGAUGGGACAUCAUUUCAUGGAGAGGGGGAGAAUGUAGCCGUGUGAAAAUUUUGUAAAUAACUUUUAAGUUUUAUGAUUAAAAAGAAUUGAAUUUGCAAUUGAUAAGAUUGUAUAAUAAAGUUCUACUAGAAACUUAUGCCAAAACAAUGGCAAGCAGCUUUGAUUUUAUUUAAUUUCCAAUUUGAUGUAAUUAGUAUUUUCCCGCCAAAAGUUUGGUGAGCAUUUGGCGCCUCUUAUAGUCAUGUGACUUUAGACCAGGGUUGGAUUUUUUCAUAUUGUCCAGUGGGUUUGAAGUGUACAGACGUUUGAGUUUUAGUUAUAGUUGGAGUUAUUUCGCCAUCGUGUUGCACCAAAGAAGCUUUGAAAUAUAGUUUACAGCUUUACAUUUGAUAAAUAUCAAGCCUAAAGUCCAUAACUUUGGUAAGUUAUACUAUUUAGACUGUUUAAGCAAUAUAAAAGUCAACUAAAGCAAUAAUAUAAAUAUUUUGUUUUUAAUCUUAUUUUUCUCACUUAUUAAAUAUAAAUAAGUUCGGUGGAUCACUUUUAUAAAUUGUGAUUAAAGUGCUUGAAUAUCAUUUGAUAUAACUUUAUGCUAAGUUUCAAAUGAUACAAUAUAUGUAUAUAUAACAUGUAUAAAAUGUAUAUAUGUAUUUGACGUGAUGUACAUUUUCAUGUCAUUUUGAUAUGCGGCUUUCUGUUUGUUACAGGGCAUUUCAGUUUAUUCUAUUUGAAUGAAAUAUAAACACGAACUUUUAACAAGGA